UUGGAAGCUGCCUGGGCUCUGCCAUUGGAUGAGGAUCUGUCCGAUUCAGCCCUUUGCUAGUUAACGUUAUCCCUGGUGCUGACGCUAGGCGCUGUCCGUGGUGCUGAAGGCUCCUGGAGGUGCUGACAGAUGUAGAGGCAGCAAUCCUCUCCCAGCAAGCACUGAGAUGUAAGCGUCUCCUCAGUACAGCUGAUUGCAAUUACACCAAGAAACAACUGUCAGCCUUUCUAACAAGAGCCCCAACAAGCUAUUUAUUUUUUUCUCAGCUCUUUUUUUGUAACUGCAUCUCCCUCCCCUCUUCUGCCAGCACUUCCAGCCUGGGCGCUUCAUUCAAUGCAGCUUGUUUCCACAGCGUGAUCAGUGUGUGCGUGUGUUUCUUCCUGCUUCCAAACUAUUGCACGGAGACAGAAGGCAGGACGAAGAGCCCGUUUUAAAGACCCUGCUCUGAAUAAUAAGGAGAUUAUCCUAAGAACAUGUAUGCCGUGUGUUUUAUGUUGGCUUCUAUGGUGCAUCUCCACUCUCAAGGUCAGGCUGCGACAAAUGGCAUUGCUAACAAAGCUACACACAGCUGGGGUUCGAAAAUGGAAGCAUUAUCCACAACUGUAGCGGAGGAUUUAGAAGGGGAGGUUCCUUUCAUCACCACUGCCCCCACCAUGACGCUGCUCAACCACCACCCACUUUUAGAGGGAAUUCUUCAUGAAACAAUAAUGAAAAAAGAUUUCCAGUAUCUGCCCCCCUUCUUUUCUAGAAGCAAGCCAACCGAAGACAAUAGCGGCUCCCAAGACAUAUUGGUCACCCAAAAACUGAAAAUUCCUUUUGAUAAUUUGGCCCACCCAGCCGAUGUUCAUAAAUUCUAUGAAGCUUCUACUACAUCGCCACUGCCACUGAUACAAUCCACUAUUCCUAUGGACACAACAUCCUCAGUCACAGAAACAGGGAGAGAGGUGAGUGAGACACACGAAGUAGUCAGGUUGGCUCCCAUUCCGGCAACUUCUCCCACUUCUGUGGCUGAUAUUGUACCCAAAAUAGACAAAAGUGACGAUUUACAGCAACAAGUUACGGCAGCGUCUUCCUCUCAAACAGAAGCUUCAUCUCUAAGUGAAGAUGAUAUUGCCCUCUCAACUUCUAUUCAAGACAGAGGUCCUCAUGGAUCAAACCUAUUGCAAAAGAAGAAGGCUAUUGACUCCAUAAUGCCAUCAACAGUUACAAAUUAUGAAGAGGAGGAGGAAACAACGACAAGCACAAUAAUCACUACAACGGUGACAAUGGCAGCUCCAGCACCAGAACCAUGCAACAAGAACUUCACAGGCCCAGAAGGCUUUCUUCUGUCACCAGCUCAGAAAAGCCCCCUGUAUAAACCAGGUCUGGACUGUGUCUAUAUAAUCCAAGUAUAUCCUGGUUAUGGUGUGGAGAUCAAGGUACAAAAUAUCAGCUUAUCAGAAGGUGAGACAAUAACAGUGGAGAGCCUGGAGGGGGUGGAGCCAGUGAUCCUAGCCAAUGAAUCCUUUAUGAUGAGGGGUCAGGUGAUCCGUAGUCCAACCAAUCAAGUCAUGAUCCACUUUCAGAGCUUGCAACAAGCCAGCCCAGGCAACUUUCGGUUCCAUUAUCAAGCAUACACAUUGAGCUGCGGAUUCCCACGCCGACCUGCUUAUGGCGAUGUGUCUGUUACAAGCCUGCACCCAGGAGGUGAAGCCUACUUCUACUGCAAUACCGGCUACCAACUGAAUGGCCCUCAGGUGCUUAAGUGUCUGAAUGCAACACGUCCCUUCUGGAGCAACCGCCCGCCACAGUGUAUAGCUGCCUGUGGGGGACUGAUGAGGAACAUUACUACCGGGCGUCUUGUCUCCCCGAACUUCCCAGGAAACUACAGCAAUAAUUUGACUUGCCAUUGGGUGCUAGAGGCUCCAUCUGCACAACGACUACACCUGCACUUUGAGAAAGUUUCUCUAGCUGAAGACGAUGACAGACUCAUCAUUCGGGAUGGAAACACCAUUGACUCAACUCCUAUUUAUGACUCGUACGAAGUGGAGUAUCUCCCAAUUGAAGGGCUGCUUAGCAGCACUCGGCACCUCUUCAUAGAAUUUACUACUGACAGCAGUGGAAGCUCAAUAGGGGUGGCCCUCCGAUUCCAGGCAUACGAACAAGGGCACUGUUAUGAACCGUUUAUGAAAUAUGGGAACUUCACUAGCAGUGACCCUUCCUUUGCUCUGGGAACUGUGGUGGAGUUUACGUGCGAUGCUGGAUACACACUGGAACAAGGAUCCACAAUCAUCGAAUGUCAAGACCCUGGAGACCCACAAUGGAAUGAGACAGAACCGGCAUGCAGGGCUGUUUGCAGUGGAGAGAUUACAGACUCUGCUGGGGUUGUGCUGUCCCCAAAUUGGCCAGAAGCUUAUGGGAAGGGUCAGGACUGCAUUUGGGGUAUACACGUGGAAGAAGACAAGAGAAUUCUGCUGGACAUACAAAUCCUGCGGAUUGGCAAAAAUGAUAUUCUCACAUUCUAUGAUGGGGAUGACUUGACGGCCCGCGUCCUUGGUCGCUACACUGGGACACACAGCCACUUUAAACUCUACACAUCGAUGGCGGAUGUAAUUAUCCAGUUCCAGACAGACCCUGGAAGCAAUGUUUUUGGCUACCAGCAGGGCUUCAUCAUCCACUUUUUUGAGGUGCCAAGAAACGACACUUGUCCUGAGUUGCCAGAGAUCCACAAUGGAUGGAAAACAACCUCCCAGAGUGAGCUGGUGCAUGGAACUGUCGUGACCUAUCAGUGCUAUCCUGGCUUUGAGGUUGCGGGAGCAGAGCUACUCAUGUGUCAGUGGGAUCUUACAUGGAGUGGGGAUCUACCUACAUGUGAAAGGGUGACCGCCUGCACAGACCCUGGGGACGUCCUUCAUAGUCGCAGGAUCCUCUCUGUGUCCAAAUUCCCAGUGGGCAGUACUGUGCGCUAUGUUUGUGACAAGGGCUACAUCCUUACCGGGAGCAGCACCAUCACCUGCUACAACCGCCAGGCUGGGGUACCCAAAUGGAGUGACCGCUCGCCCAAGUGUGUCCCCGAAAAAUAUGAACCGUGCAUUAACCCAGGAGCAUUAGAAAAUGGGCAUCAGGAGCCUGAGAAGAGAAUGUACCAACCAGGCGAGGCCAUCAGGUUCUCCUGUAUAACUGGGUACAUGUUGAUGGGAGAACAAAGUAUAAAGUGCGUACCAGGACAUCCCUCAGUAUGGAGCAGUCCACCACCCAUCUGCAAAGCUUCAUAUAAAGAAUUUUAUAGUGACCAAAGUGUGGAAGCUGUGGCAAAGGCUGCGACUGAAGACAGUCCAUUGGAAGGCACCCACAUCCUGCUGGCUAUUUUUGUACCCAUUAUCAUGGUGGCUCUGGUAAUUGCCUCCAUUUACCUGUAUUUCUCAAGGCUGCAAAGUAAAGCUCCCCUUCGGUUGCCUUUAUCUUCAUCUCCUCCAUAUGAUCAAGUCACCGUUGAAUCUGAAUUUGACAAUCCAACAUUUGAGACAGGGGACACACGGGAAUAUGAAGUGUCUAUAUAGAUGAAUUCUUUAAAGGACCAAAUUCUGAGAUGCUGGCAGAGAUCUGGGAGAGAAAAGCCUCUUUUGCUCCCUUGCAACAAAGAAGACUUCUACCCUGUGACUGCAAUUGCUCCAUCGGAUGGCCAACUGGAAAAAUCUUACCCUGAGAAAGGGCACAAACACUUUCAGCGCUGGCGCACCAUUGGCCUGCACUACAACACACUAAUCUGACCUGACAUUCCCAGCUGCCCAUUUUCUCCUGCUCUUCCUGUAAUUGCCCAUUUACUUGUUUCAAAACCUGGAUUUCUUUCCCAUACUUCAAGAAACAAUAUAUUCACUAGAGGAAUUGUCUGAUUUGAACCAUUAUGCUAUCUUCUGCUGUGAAAUAAAGACCAAGCGCUGGGAUCUAAAGUGUAGAGAAGAAUCCACAGAAGAGCAAUAAUUAAAUUACUGAAUUACUGAUAAAGUUAAAGCAACGAUACCCAUGCAUUUUUAUGUAUCCCUUAUUACCUGUAGUAUAUAGAGUGAAUAAAGUACCCCCUUUUGUAAAAUAUAAGGAAAUUAUAAGUCAUGAAGGAGUUCCGUGGCCAUAUAAAGGUCAUAAAACUCUGAGCUGACUUCUAAAAUACUAUAUUUUCAACAGGGGGUAUUUUAUUUAUUAUAAUACACAAGUAAAAGUGAGUCAUGUGACAGAAAUUAAGCACCAUUUAUAAAGAUAUAAUUUACAGGAUAGUCACGGCUCUUGUGUUUUAUAUAUAUAUGUAUAUUUGAUUAUAAAUAUAUAUAUUUGUUUACUAAAGGUGAAGUGAAGGCUUUCAUAUGAAACACUUCUCACCAUUGCCCUGAUGUUGUCUCUUGGUUCCUGUACUAUAAGCAUCGGAUCUACAUGUCCAUCUGACCAACAUAUAAUUUAAUCCCCAUGGCUACUGUUUUGGCAUUUCUAUUUGUAAUUCUAGUUGAGGGAUUUACCAACUAUUGUAGUUUUUACCCAUUUGAUAUAGUAUACAGACCCAAUGCUCCUCUUUAUAGACUGCUGAAAUGGUGAAUACUGAUCGUUAUUCAAAGCAACUCGUAGUCUUUUGAGCAAACAUGGCUGAGACCCAUCUGCCAUGAAUAAAUACAUCAUUGAAACUCACAUACCUGCCAUAUGAGACACAGCAUCUGCCAAGAGAGAUAAUACAAUAUAUACUGUUGCUGUACAUAUGUCAGAGGCAAUUAUAUAUCCAUCUAAUACUGAAUACAUGAUUGUCUAUCAGAACAAUACAAAUGGUAGCUUACAUGGUUGUUAGCUGACAUAUACGGUGCUUAUACAGACACUUGUGAACCACACCCAAAUAUAAUGACAUCUGAACAAUAAAUGCAUCCUACCUUUCAAUAGUACAUACUAUGUAUACUGUGUAUAGACUGACUGCCAGAACGCAUUGCCUGAGCAUGAUCUCUAGGGUAGCAGUAACACAUUGGAGCCAUAUACAGAUGCAGUGCCUAUGAGAGGGGAUAGUCUUACUGCAGAGGCAGACAUCUGAAAAAGCAUAUAUGUUUUUACACCCCUUUUAUAUGUGUACAAAAUGCUGUCUUGCAUAAAAAUGUGUUUAGAUAAAGUGUUCAUACUGACAUGUUACAUGAAAUGACUGGAAUUCUUGAUCCAGGCACUGACACUAUACAUGAGUUUUAUUUUUAUUUUUUUUAACUUUUUUACAUGUCACCAUGGGGGUAAUAUAUCCAGCUGUCCUGUAAAUAUAAGGGUACAAACAUGAGGUUUUGUCAUCAACCCAAAAUGCACUGCACAGCAUUCACUCAAUCUUUCCCCAGCAGCAAAGUACUUUUUUGCCCUAAAGAAAUAUGUUUAGUAAGUACCAACAUAAAGGAAAUGCUGAAGGACAGUUAGGGUGAAGUUUAGGGGUGAAUGCUUAUUACAUGUUUAGGAAAUCUCUGGAUCUAUACAGAAGUGGCCAUGUUUGUUUUCUUAAUACAUAAAACCUUGUUACUAGUUAAAUCAGAUCUAAAGCCUAGUUUAAAAAAUGUAUAUAUUAAAGUUACAGUACAAGCCCUGUGAAUCAGCAGCCCUGUAACAGUAAUGAUCCAGGCCUUCGAAUUUGUUCAGAGCAGUUCCUUACUUUUUGAUACUGUUAAGCAGGUCCAGACUGUGAUUCAAAACAGGCCCCGGCAUGUUAAGUACACAGGGACUCAAACAGCUCCCCAUUAGCCCAAUAAAUAGUAACUGUCUAUGGCAUCUUACAGCAGCCCCUCUGGCAUUUGCCACAAUCCAGAAAUUGCCAGUUUAGGCCUGUGCAUGGCCAUAUCUCCAAUUAUAUAUAACACAGAUCUCAUUCCCUCUCUCUCUCUCUCUCUCUCAAACUUUUUCUAAAAUAUUGGGAAACUGGGCCUGCCCACCAUUAGAUGAACCAAUCCAUGAUGGUUAACUGCUUAAGUCAGGAAGCACACUUGUAUGGAUGUACAGGUAUGGAAACAAUUAUCCAUAUACCCAUUAUCCAGAAGGUUCCAAAAUAUUAAUAAUUAAGCAAACUUAUUUUUGUAUUGAUUUCCUUUUUCUUUGUAAUGAAGACAGUACUUGUAACAUGAUGGUAACUAAUAUAGUUGGUGACAAAACAAUCCUAUUUUGUACAUGUUUAAAUGUUUCUAGAAGCCUUAUGGAAUGGGGCUUUAAAUUACAGAAAGACCCCUUAUCCAGAAAACCCCAGGCCUCAAGCAUUCCAGAUAACAGAUCCCAUACCUAAAUCUGCUUUCAUCUUAUAGAAGUUACCAGUAGGGUGGACUGGAAAAAGUUUCAUACUUCUUUUCUUACUUGGGUUUCUAUAUUGUUUUGAAAAAGAGGUGAAUUUUGGGAUUACACAGGGGCGCUGCUGCCAUGAGGCGAGUUGAGAAACCCGAUACGUUACUAGGGGUGUCAAAAAGCAGCUCCUGGUAACUUUAAGAGACAAUUCGCAAUUGCAUUCUCUGCACUAGUGAUGCAGCCCCCCUAGACCCCCUCUAGUGCUCUAAAGGUAAGCAUGGGGGGGCAGAGGGGGGCGGCACUGCAAAAGCAGAAGCAAAAAGUAGAAUUGUUCAUUUGAGCCAAUCACGGACAAAAGCCAAGACUGAAGUCCCCCCCGCCCCAGUGCAUAGGUGCCCUUCCUAGCAACCGAUUAUGCACCAAUAGAAGCACAGCAGAAUAGAGACUGGGCAUGUUUCUUUGCAAACAAUAAGCAUUGCACACAGGGAGAAACUAAUAAAUCUUCUCGUAAAAAUACAUUUUGUCAUGUUUGGCCAUUGAAUAAAUUAUUUUUGUUGAUUA